AUGCAGCAAAAACCCGGCACAGGGGACAGGACAACAUGGCUGCUGCUGCGGGCCGAUACUACGGAGAAGGCGGCAGAGCAACGAAAAGACAGAAAACUGAGGACGGAGGAAUGACAACGGAGAGCUACGAUGAUCCUCAUAAACCUCUGCCCUCCCCGGUGGUGCACAUCAGGGGCUUGGUGGACGGAAUCAUGGAGGCUGACCUGGUGGAGGCUCUGCAGGAGUUUGGAGCCAUCAGUUACGUGGUUAUGAUGCCCAAGAAGCGCCAGGCCCUGGUGGAGUAUGAGGACAUGAAUGGCUCCUGCAAUGCUGUUACAUAUGCAGCAGAAAACCAGGUUUACAUUGCAGGCCACCCCGCCUUCAUCAAUUACUCCACGAGCCAAAAGAUCUCCCGGCCAGGAGACUCAGACGACACUCGGAGCGUCAACAGUGUGCUGCUGCUCACCAUCAUAAACCCCAUCUAUCCUAUCACCACGGAUGUUCUCUACACCAUUUGUAACAACUGUGGUCCUGUACAGAGAAUUGUCAUCUUCAGAAAGAAUGGGGUGCAGGCCAUGGUGGAAUUUGAUUCGGUCCAAAGUGCUCAAAGGGCCAAAGCCUCUCUGAAUGGGGCAGACAUCUAUUCUGGCUGCUGCACUCUAAAGAUUGAGUAUGCCAAGCCAGCACGCCUUAAUGUCUUCAAGAAUGAUCAGGACACGUGGGACUAUACAAACCCCAACCUCAGCGGCCAAGAUGCUGAUGGUGAAGGCAAUUGGAACAAUUCACAAGAUCCCAAUGCCAAUCCCAACAAACGCCAGAGGCAGCCUGCUCUUCUGGGAGACCACCCACCGGAUUAUGGUGGCCCUCAAGGAGGUUAUCAUGGCUACAAUGACGACAGCUACGGCCCCCCUCCUCCGCACCGCAUGGGGCCUGGUAUGGGCGGGCGUGGUCGUGGUAGCCAACGCUAUGGCCCUGGUUAUGGACCACCACCCCCCGAGUACGGUCCUCAUGCUGACUCCCCAGUUCUUAUGGUUUAUGGCCUUGAGCCCUCUAAGAUCAACGCCGACAAGGUCUUCAACAUUUUCUGCCUUUAUGGCAAUGUAGAGAGGAUUAAGUUCAUGAAGAGUAAGCCUGGAGCAGCUAUGGUGGAGAUGGGAGACUGUUAUUCUGUGGACAGGGCCAUCACUCACCUCAACAAUAAUUUCCUGUUUGGACAGAAACUCAAUGUUUGUGUGUCCAAGCAGCAGGCUAUUGUGCCAGGACAGUGCUAUCAGUUAGAGGAUAAUACUAGCAGCUUCAAAGAUUUCCACGGAUCCCGAAACAACCGCUUCACCUCCCCAGAGCAGGCAGCCAAGAACCGUAUUCAGCAUCCCAGCAAUGUCCUACACUUCUUUAAUGCACAGCCUGACAUCUCCGUAGAGAUCUUCAAUCAGGUCUGUGAUGAACUGGGAAUUAAGAGCCCCACAAGUGUGAAACUUUUCACUGGAAAGAGUGAGCGAAGUUCGUCUGGCCUUCUGGAGUGGGAAUCCAUCAACGAUGCCAUGGAAGCCCUAGCUCUGAUGAACCAUUACCAGAUGAAAAACCCUAGCGGACCUUACCCGUACACACUGAAGCUGUGUUUCUCAACCACACACCAUGCCAACUAAAUACUCUCCACUCAACCCAUUUUUAAUGUUUUGUUUCUCCUCAUAGAGUAUACUGCAGUUCUGUUGUCAUGUCCCAUUAAAAUGUUCAAUCAGUAUUGACUACAAUUAAGACUAACAUGCUGUAGGACAUGUUACUUUAACUAUGAUUUAUUAUACCUUAACUAUGUUUUUCAAUCAGUUGUUAAUUUUGUACUUUCACAACACUAGAUUUGAAUAACCCCUCACUACCCUAAAAUAACAGUUCAGUGUGAACCUCAGUUUUUGUUUUUUAAAUCAAGUAAACAGUAACCAUAGUGUGAACACUGCUAUAACCAGUGGUCACAUGGUCAGAUGGUUUGUAUUAUAUCUUUCAUCAUUUCUCCACUCUCUUUACAGGGAAGCAUACAUACAUUGAUUCACAGGUUCUUGCAAAGAGAAGCAGCUGUAGUUUUCUGGAUGUAAAAAGUCACACUGACAUCUCUGUACUGAAAUGGUUAGGGUGCCUUCCAUAUGUUGAUACCUGGACUACAGAACACUAUCACUGUAAAGAUGAAAGGAUGGAAGACAAGAAGGAGAUGGUUAUCUGCUAGAGGAGUGCUCAUUCACUGUCAAGAUUUCGAUGUCAAGUUGUCACUUUUUUAGUAAAUAAUACUGUGAAAAUUA